AACACCCGCCUAUUGACAAUGAGGAAAACCCUCCUGAGCCGACUUUUGACGAAGCCAUUAUGAAUCCUUCUAUAGCUGGACCGUCAAGCUCAACCAACCUGCCGUAUCCACCUGCUCAAGAUGUUCAAAUUACUGGGAGCCGCUUUGUUGAGCCGGGGAACCCAACGGUGCUGGCUUGGUGCACAACAAAGCAAGAAGCAUUGGAGAGGCAGAAGGUUCGCUUUGAUGUUGCCAACUAUGACCGUCUCAAUGCUAGUGAUAUCUUAUCCGGCUAUCUCAGUCAUGUACACUCCAGUCGUGAGUCUGAGAUCGAGAUGGUCAAGCAGCUUCAGUUGAAGUAUGAGAAUGCCUUGUCGGAAUUGAACUCUCAAUUGACUCACGCAAAGACCCGGCUAGCGAGUCAGGAGUCAGAAAUCAAAUCUUCCACUUCCAAACUGCAAAAUAAGCCUUUCUGCAAUGGAAAAUUUGAAGACCAGCUUUGCUGCCAAGGAGAAGACUUGGGAAAAUGAGAAAACACUUCUGACCCGACGAGCUGAGACAGCCGAAACAGAUCUGAAAGAAAUUUCAACAGAGCUGAACGGAUUAAAGGGCCGAGUGUCUUAGAUGGUUGCUGCUAUCUUUGGUCCGCGAAGUAAGAAUCUGAGCCAAGACCCGUUGAUUAAGCUGAAGGCAGUAUAUAAUUUGGUUGAACAAUUGUAUAUCGGCGCACAACGGGCUCUGGCUUCCAUCUGUCAUGCCAAUCAAGGACCCAACCGGCUCAGCGACGUCCUGAAGAAGCUGUCCAUCCUUCCUGCCAGGUUUCAAGAAGUAAAACGCUCCUGCGCACGAGCCGGAGCUUUGACUGCCCUAAGCCACUCCAAGGCUUGGGUGCCAGACCUAGACCCGGCGGACGUAGCAAGAGACUAUCCUACCAUGAAGGAGGACGGGUCUCCUUUUGAUCAGGAUGACUUCAUAGCCUGCGUCCGUGAAGUCCGGCCUCAGGCGACUGGUCUUGGAGAUGACACCAAUGUGGACAAGUACCAGCCGGGUUUUGAUAGUGAGAAUAAGAAGAUGGCCCCUCCCUCAUAUAAAGGAACAUACUUGAUCCCACCAGUGAGAGAAGAUACAUUUGCCCCAGAGGUUGACCCGGUCGGCUUAAUUGACGACGAAGCCAAAUUUGUCGCCAUGAACGGCUUUGAUUGGUCAAAACCCAACUUCCAGCAGACUCAAGAUGGUGAACCGGCGAGGGAGGGACAAUGCUCAUCUUCAUGGGUUUAUAAAGCCUUGUAA